UGAACGAGAGCAAAACACGCGCAGCAGCGAGGAGCACGAGUCCGCUGCUCAUCGGUACUCUGCACGUGAAAGCAGACUUGGGCCCAGCCGAUGGACGAACCGGGACACUACCCUCCGCCGGACUUCGGCAGUCCUCCUCCGACCUCCAUCCAGCAGGAGCAGCGCCGCUCCAGCAGCUUCCAGCCCUCCAUGUGGAGCUGGAGCGAGACGCCCUCCGAGCCCAUCUGGGACCACGGCGGCAACCGGGGCUGGUGUCACGGCGCAGCGGCAGGGUCCGCGUACGGCCUCCCGUGGGGUCGUGGCCGGUGUGGGACUGAGCGUCCAUACGGUCAAACAUUUGGACAUGAACGGCAUCAAGGUGGAAAUCAUAUCGGAAGACAGAACUAUGGAGCCUCCAGUCUCCAGGGGAAAAGGAAAAACAAGAAGGAGCCAGAGUUUUCCCAUUUCUGUGACACCUGUGACCGGGGCUUCAAGAACCAGGAGAAGUACGAUGAACAUGUUUCUCAGCAUGUCAAGUGUUCUGUGGCCAACUGCAGCUUCAUGGCUCAUGAAAAGAUCGUCGGCAUUCACUGGAGAAAUAGCCAUGCACCAGGAACCAAAAGAAUCAAGCUGGACACACCAGAGGAAAUUGCAAAGUGGAGAGAAGAGAGGCGCAAAAACUAUCCAACCCUUCAGAAUGUUGAGAGAAAGAAAAAAGUUCUGGAGGUGCGGGAGGAGACGGGAGGCGUUCUGGAAACUGCUCAGUUUGGACGAAUGAGAGGCCGAGGUCGAGGUCACAGGUGGGGAAACAGAGGGUCACAACAGCGACACCUACAAGGUCCUCAGCCGUCCGACAGCGGUGCUGCACGGAGACCCAAACCCCUCAGCCAGCCCUGUAAGGACGGGGAUCCACUGGGAGCGCUGGCCAGCAGUGACCACGAUUCUGACAGAGAGGACCAGGCUGCUGAGUCCAGGGCUGGAGGCCUGGUGGUGCCCCCGAAACAGAUGAGCUCAGCGCUUGGCUGCCUGAUUGCAAACUAUGGCUCCAUGAGUGAGAGCGAUGAGGAACCAGAGGCCAUCCCCAUUCAGACAGCUAAAGACCUGGUGCAAGAAAACAGAGCCCUCCUAAACGGCCUACCACCAAACCCCCACGACAGACAACCCUCGAGAUGUAUGGAAACCUCCUCAGUGGGUGCAGAGGCUCACAAAGGCUUCCAGCCCAACUCUGGCCUUCACACGAACAGCAGAGGAGGAAGAGGAGGAAGAGGAGGAAGAGGAGGCAGGGGAGGAAGGAGAGGACGAGGCGGCAGACAUCAAGAUACGCCGCAGACACGUCGGCCCACUUUACUGGAGAUGUUAUUGGCCCUAGACAUCCGCCAUGAGAGGAACGUCCUCCUGCAGUGUGUUCGCUUUGUUGUCCGAAACCACUUCUUUGGGCUGGAGAGCAGACCUCAGGACCAGGAGACCAAGGAGGACAAAGACACACCAGCUAUGACAACUGGAGAGCAUCAGGAAGAGCAGCCAGAGGAAGCCAGGACUGUGUCUGCCUCGCUGCUUGGUGGAGAGGGGCCGUCACCAGACGGUCUGGAUGCUUUAGAAACAAGUAAAGUUGUUGUAGUGGACCAGGACCGAGGUGCGCUGAGUGGCCAAGUGUGCUCGGAACUGGCUAAUGACCCUUCUGUUAAAAGUGCAAUCAGUGCUCGACAGGCCUCGGGGGAUUUCAUCCACAAUGCUGAGGAGACAACUGGCAGAGAAUCCUGCAGUCAUGAGUCGACCACCACAGAUAAAAUCACGUCUACCUGUCAUAUGUAUGAUGAUGACAUAUGGGAGGGCCCUAUUUCAUCUGUACUGUGAACUCCUAGGAAGUCACUAUGUAAAGUGAUCUGGAUUUGUUUUAUAAAACUGAGGCAUUUGUCAUUUAGAUUAAAUGUUAAUGCUUAUCUACA